AAGAAGCUAACCUGCUCUCCGCCUCCUCUGAUUCAGAGUCCGGAAAGCGUCCCAAGAAGCGAAGGUCCCCCCUUAAAAGAAGGGGACAUGGCAGGGAUUAAAGCCUUGGUUGGCUUAUCAUUCACUGGCGUUAUUGGUCUGACGUUUCUUAUGUUGGGGUGUGCCCUAGAACAUUAUGGUGUCUAUUGGCCCUUAUUUGUCUUGAUUUUUUACUGCAUAAGUCCUAUUCCUCACUUCAUUGCAAAAAGAGUAAGUGAUGAUACAGAUGCUGCAAGUAGUGCCUGCAUGGAACUGGCAUAUUUCUUCACAACUGGAGUUGUGGUUUCUGCCUUUGGAUUUCCGAUCAUUCUUGCACGAGUUGAAGUGAUCAAGUGGGGAGCUUGUGCCCUUGUGCUGGCUGGCAAUGCAGUAAUUUUUCUUACUAUAUUAGGCUUUUUUGUUCUAUUUGGCAGAGGAGAUGAUUUUACCUGGGAACAGUGGUAGACUUCACUAUGAUGUGGAUCUGCACUACAUAACUGACAUGGACCUUUGCUAUGAUCUGGAUCUUGGAAUGCAUUGUUCUUGUGUAUAUACUAUGUAUAUAUGUGCAUAUGUUGACCUAUAUUAAGUGCAUCAUAUAUAGCCUUACAUUAUUGGAUACUAGUGUAGUUUUUAUACUUGAGUCAGUGUCAGCCUAACAUGGAAAAUUUAUUACAUACUAAUACAUCUAUUUAAUGGGGCAAAUCUACCGGCUGCAGCAUGUGAUGGUCUUUGAACAUCAGCCUAAAUUUUGCAAGGUAGGACUAUUUUGCAAGCUGGGGCAGAAUUUUAGUAAUGUGGUGUUUCUUUCCAGCAUUUGAAUUUGUAAAAUUUGCUAUCUUUUUCUACUGCUGUAAAGCAAAAUGUAUUGAGGAGAUAUGAAAUGCAAAAAAGUUAUUUAGAGAGCAAUCCGGUGGCCCCUAGAUAGUGUCUGAUGGUCCAUAGGAUUGUCCGUUUUCCUGGCUCUGAGGUCAGAAACAGCUCUGACCUGAGAACCAAGAAACCACGCUCCCGAUCCCCGUCCUUGCCCCUCAUAACCUGCAUGGAGAGAACCAUGCCAGCUACCUCUCUGUGGUUAGAAGUGGAGAUGGGGAAAACAGGGUGUUCCUGGGGGGGAGGGGAGGGGAGGAGAACAGGACAGCUGUGGUAUGCUAUUUCCUAUGGUCCCACCAGCAUCCUUCCCUCCCCCUCUGAGGUGCUGCUGCUAGAAGGGUGAAAUCGCAUGUCUAGAAGAAAAGCAAGGUGGAUGGAGUGUGGAUAGCCUCCGGUUUUGGAGGCUGCUAGCUAUCUACAUGUGCCCUUAAAGACAUACCAAGUUUAAUUUUGCCAAAGUACUGAUGUAACUGUUCUGUAGAAAGCUUCCCUUCAUGGGAAUAGCAUGAAACCAUUUUAAAGAUCUUGUUUGUAGACUAUUCAGAAUGUUAGAAUCAUAAAUCACUCAGGGUUUCUAUUGGUUCAAAAUACAAAAAGGGUUAGUGGUGGCAUGCCUAGAUUUAGGGAUGGAGGAAUCCUCUAGUUGUUAUUCUUGAACAUGAGUGAGAAAGCGGGACAUAAUCCUGCAAAUGCCUUUCAUACAAUGGGUUGAAUCAAGAGUCUGCCUCCUAGAGGCAGAAGGGCUCUUUCUAUCCACAGGAGACUGCUGAACCAGCAGAGGAAUCUCACUUGUGGAAAGGAGAAAAUAACAGUCUUUGUUGAUUUCUCCCCUUUCCCUGCAGUGCCCUAUGCCCUAGGAAGUGCGUUCCAGAGGUUUGGAGACUACUCCAGAACAGUGGGGGGAGGUAGCACUUGGGGGCUACAAAGGGAAGGGGGAAUCGGCGAAGUGCCUUCCCCCAAAUUUUCCACCCGAGGGAGAAUUUUGAGCAUAACUUCACAGAAUGGAAUGCUUCCACAAGCAAAAAAGAAGCUGGAUCAAUCCCAUCAAUCAUUUCAUUCUGUUUUACUUUGAGAAUUCUUUUUUAAUCCUUAAAAUGGUUCUAGUUAGGAUAAAAGUAUAGAUAGAAAAAAUAAUAAAGCUGCAGUCCUAUGCACACUUAACUCGGGGUAAACUCCAUUGAAAACUGUAGAACUUAUUUCUAAGUAAACUUAUAUUCUAAAGUUGCCUUGUAAAUACUAUUGCACUGACAAGAGAAGAGUAGAAACAUAGUUUUGAUGUCUAUUGUGGUGAAAACCUAUGUUUUCCUCCAACCCCCCUCCAAAUAAUACAUUGUUGGGGCCUUUGAAACUGAUAUAUGAUACUGGAUUCACAAUAAUGUAACUCAUGUUAACUUUCUGGCAAAUAACAAGCCUCUAGUUUUUCUCUUAAAAAUGGGAAUGCAAAUGACAAUGUAAAGUUUUUCAGUUUUGAAUUACUGUUGCUUGCCUAUUUGCAGGUUGUAUGAAAUAGGCUUGCUACCAGGGUUAUAAAGAUUUCCCAAAACUUGAUACUGAACAGCUGCCAUUUCAGUGAUUUUCAUUAUAUGGUAGUAAAUUUACUUCAGAGUGCCUUUGCCCCAAGAUUGCUGUGGUCUAGUGAAGGCAUCUACAUAAAAACAAUGCUACAUGUAUUUUAUGCAAUCGGAUUU